AUGGCCUCCUCGUCUCCCGGCAGCUCCCCCGGGCCAGACAAGAACCCCAUGUACGCUUCCCUCCGUCAACACAGUCCGCCACCACCAAUCCUUGCCAAAAGCGCCGCCGACGAGACCCCAGUCAUGACACGCCCACCACCAUCCACUGCCAACAAGUUGAGCACCGUUGGACCUGCAAACUCUGUCUGCCUCGAUCACAGAUUCUUUCCUCAUCUCAUGGACAACAUUCUUCUGCACCGCGAAGCCUGGCUGCCGAUGCGCGCGACAUCAAAGCACUACCGUGACAUGGUCGACCUUAUGCCCCAUGGCCACCUUGUGUUUGCCGUUGAGAUAGAGUACUUGGCCUACUCCGCAGAGGACUCCGCAGAGGACUGCACACAGUGCAGAUACUGUGGAGGGACUCGCUUCCCUUGGUCCUUCGACUACAGCAUCGAUGACGACAGCAGUGACGACGAAGAGGAGCCCUGUGUCUGUCGGGAAACGACCUACGGUUUGGAUCGGAUAGUGCACUUUGACAUCAGCACCCCACAUCACAAGCUUCCGGGUAUCCACCCCCGCCCAUACGAUGCCUCUAGUUCUGAACUCGUCAACGGAACAACUGCCGCUGCUGUUAAAGCACUGGUCAAGAAAGCUCACAUUCUCGAUCUUCCCUUGGGUCUGGCGGAAGCCGACUUGGACUGGCUUCAAAGCGAGGCAGAGAAUAUCGAGAUUGUCCGCAAGGUCGAUCCAGAGCGCGAGCAAGAAUUCCUCGAAGAACUCAAGUCUCACAACCUGCCCAAGCGCGAAUGGAAUGGAGCGCUGACCCGUGUCAUUCGACAGCCGUUCCUCUUUCGCAUGGCUCUCCUUGCACCACCCCGUGACUUCACGCGCCUUCGUGUCGGCCAGGAGACAGACCUCUCCAAAAUAUCACUGGCCACGCCCAAUUCCAAAGCGUUUACCGAUGUACCAAUGCAAAUGGCCCUGGUCCAGCUGGUUCUGUCGCGAAAGCACGGCGCAAUGGCGGCUGCCACUGCGCCGCGUCGCGGUAUCGGUACACAUAUCCCCGACCUUGCCACAGUGUUGAGAGCCAUCGUUGCCGGCGAGUCUGGGAGUGUGCGAGGUCUGUUGUCAUUUGUCGGCGAACUUAAGGUCACAAGGUUGGAAAACAGGUCCGGCAAACACGUUGUCAUUGUAUCGCGAAAGGACGACCCCGAGCUGGCCGCCGAUGGCGACGACGGUUGGGAUGAGGCCACCCACUACUCUCUCUCCUCGUCAGCGAGUGCGGAUGAAUCUCGAAUCGCCCAAGUCGACGGUCGCACUAAGUGGUCUGCUGGGAUGUCCAAGACUGUUGUGUACCUGCAGUCAGCGUACGAAUUCUGUGGCACUGUCCUCGCGACGUUCCACCUCGGAUCCCGGUACUCGCGACUGCUGCUGCUUAGCGACGGUGACGUGGCGGUAGAAUGUAACGAAGCAUUUCUUACCACACGCCCUGGCCGCACCCUCUCAAUGGUGGAGUUCUUGCAGGACGAGCAGAGCCUUAGCCACCUGGCGUGGGAUCUCUGCGCUUCCACAAGUAGUGAGCUACCGAUUCUCAAUUGGGAUGAAGGCGCCCGACACAAACUCUUGGACAUUGUCAAGCUGUCCAUCGACAUCAUUGUUGUGCACAUGAAGCGCAACCCUUCCCAACCCUUCUGCCGCCUUCCAUCGUUGGCGACCCUUGGUCUGAAUGAAAACAACAUCCCCCAUACCUUGAAGCGCAGGGCCCUCAAGGUCACCCUUGGUGAUCAGGACAAGGCCGCUGUUCUUGAAUCAUCGCGACCCCUUCGAACGCGCAAGCGCAAGUCGGAGCCUUCACUGCCCCUCGCAGCCAAAAGCGACCAGCCGCCUCCCGAAGACGACAGCGAGGGUGGACACGAGAAGAAGCGUUCACUCGGCAGGGACCCCAAUACAGGCGGAAGACAGGGCGAUGCGACGAGCAGCGUAUGGCCGGGCGUGACGCGCUCCCAGGCAUCGCCCGCCGCUACCUCGUCCAGGUCUCGGGUACAAGAUGAGAGGGAGGAGCACGAAACUUCAAUCCUCAACUCGAAAGUUGGCGUCUGGCUGCAUGGGAUCGAGGACCCGGCCACGAGCUCGGUCGAUUCGUCCCCCAAUACCUCGCUGCGGACUCCUGAAGAUGCCGAAGGGGAUACCACCGCCCUAUUCGACAACGAGCUCAGCCAGGUCCGUUGUGCACAGCACAUGUGUCAGCAGGAUGCCAACCGGGUGGCGAACCAUGUCGCGUCGGAUUCCGACUUCGGCACCGACGAAGACAUCGCUUCUCCCACUGCCCAGGAGCUCCUCCAAGCUAUUGGCGAAAAGGGCAUAAUCGUCACCCUCGUCGAUUCGGCAACCAUGGAUUCCAUGCUGGCGGUUAUAUCAUCUACCGUGUCGCAAUGGCAGGGGUAG